AUGUCGUAUCUAUUUCGGCCCGACGUCAACGACGCCGCGGACCACAACGAGAUCACCUUUGCGAUACCGAAAGAGUGCAAGGCCGGCGUCGUGGUCAAUGAAGGCCCCAAUUUCCACAUCGAGGUGCAGAUGGUGCCGGUCCCGGAGCCAGGGCCCGACGAAGUCUUGAUCAAGCUCAACGUGACGGGCAUCUGCUUUUCCGACGUUCAUUUCGCCAUGGGCGACCUGGGCGCGCCGCCCAUGUCCACGUUCGGCGUGCGGUCUCCGGGCCACGAGGGCGCCGGCGUGGUGGUCAAAGUCGGCGCGGACGUGAAGAACUGGAAGGUGGGCGACCGCGCCGGCAUGAAGCCGCGAUGGUCCGUCUGUGGCGACUGCGACCUCUGCCUGGACGACAAGGAGGCGUAUUGCCGCAAAUACGUCACGUCCCCGGCGCAUUACACGCAACGAAUCCCCGACGGCGUGGACGACUACGCCGCGGCGCCCAUCAUGUGCUCCGCGGGGACCAUGUAUCGUGCCUUGCGUCUGGCGGCGCUCAAGCCGAACAACUGGGCGGUUUUCCUCGGCGGCGGGGGCGGCGUGGGCAUCCAAGGCGUGCAGUUGGCGGCGGCGAUGGGGCUGCGGCCGAUCGUGGUGGACACGGGCGACGAGAAGGAGAAGCUCGCCCUGCGUCGCGGCGCGAAGGCGUUUGUCGACUUCAGGCGUGUCGACGAUCCGAUCGCUGAGGCCGUCAAGAUCGCGGACGGGGUCGGCGCACACGGCGUAUUCGUCACGGCUGGCAAUUCCUACCCAUCCGCCAUCCCGUACACGGGCACACGUGCCGGUGCUGUUGUGACGUGUAUAGGGCUCCCGCACAACAAGGAGCUCACCAUCGGAGCUCCGCCGACCAAGUUCAUCACCCAAGGCCUGACGGUGCGCGGGUCGAUCGUGGGCAGUCGCGCCGACAUUGCCACGACCCUGCAAUACGCCGCGGCCGGCAAGAUCUCGGGCGACCACACGGUCUAUCCCAUCGACCGGCUCCCCGAAGCGGUGGAACGGAUCCGAAAGGGUGAAGCGGCGGGGCGAGGCGUGGUGGAUUUCAACCUGUAG